UCGAACAUUUUUCAAUGGCCGCCGGCUCGAGUUUGCAAGUAGUGUAUUUUUGGGGCUAACGGUUUGUCCAAUAAAUUUAAUUUUUUAUACAUUGAAUAAUUCAAAUUAAUUUUCAACAGUCUCUAAAGAAAGACAACUUUCAACUCAAUAUAUAAUCUAAUAAUAAUUUUUUAAAAUCGGUCCUUAGUAUUUCAACGGUCUUUUAAUACACAGAAAAGUUUUUAAAAUGUCUCAAACUCAAACUCGCAAUGCAAUCACGCUGAAAGGGUCUGCUCAGCUAGUUACUGAAUAUUUGAAUUUUGGAAUCAACAGUAUUUUAUACCAAAGAGGAAUUUAUCCGGCAGAAAACUUUCGCCAAGAACAACACUUUGGGCUACAAAUCUACGUUUCUACUGAUGAUAAGAUAAAUUCUUUCCUGGAUUCAGUUCUUGGCCAAAUAAAAGAAUGGCUGGCCGCACAGAAAAUCAAGAAAAUGUCAAUGGUGAUCAGUAACGUUCAAACUAAAGAGGUGCUGGAAAGGUGGGACUUCAAUCUGCAAUAUGAAAAGCCGGAAAACACAUCUACCGUCUCAGUCGACGGCAAGGAGGAAAUCUACGGCAAGAAGGAGAUCAAAGUAAUUCAGAGUGAAAUAAGAAGCGUUCUCUUACAAAUCUGCUCAACUGUCAGUGUACUUCCGCUCCUCGAUUGUCCUUGUGCCUUCGAUCUACUCAUCUAUACACCGCAGGACUGCGAAGUUCCUGAAAUGUGGGACGAGACCGAACCCUGCUUCAUCGCCAACUCACAGGAGAUUCAACUGCGCACCUUCUCCACAACUUUCCACAAAAUGAACACAAUCGUCAGCUAUAAGGCCGAGUGAAACCACUAACAUUGAUUCAAAUUUUGAAAUAAUUGAAAAAUAAACUACCCAAAAGUUGAUGGUUGGGUUUCGAUAAAGAAAGAGUUGAAGAUUAUAUUCGAAUCGAAAAUAUUGAAAACGAAAACUUUGGACUUUGAAAUCAAGCACGAUUAGCAAUUGUUCUAAACUUAUUUUAGUUCGAUUUUUAAUAGAAUGCAUGACUACUGCUCAAGACAAUCCUCUGUAUUUUGAAAAACGGGCCAUUUAUACACCCUAGGCUCCAAUUAGUUAUAUAAUUGUUUGCCUCCUUCUUCCUCCAAAAUACAUGAAAUAAGCCAGGAUUUUGUUCUAAUGCAUGAUAAUCUUUUUCGAAAAAGGCUGGAACGUUUUAACUCAGGCUAUAAUUAGUUUUAUAAUUGAGUUCCUUGUUCUCCAGAAAAAUAUUUAGUACAAAUAACGGUUAGAAUACGUCCCGAAAUAAUUAUUGUUUGUAAUUUUAAGAGUGAAUGUUCGUCAAUGUUGAAACUUAGUAGCCUACUUGUUAUUUAAUCUAAUAGGAAUUCGGUAACAAUAUACAAUAGAGAAAUAAUAGCUGCUAUUCGUAUCUAAUAUAUCCCAGAUUGAUCACAGAAAUUAGGUAGUACCAUUUCAAUUCAGGUUUAUUAUUUAAAAAUUAUUUAUGAAUCCAUUUUCUAAUUUAUUUAAAUUCUGUUGAAAUAGCAUUAUAAAAUAUCUCGAUUUUUUCAAUUUAUUAAUAAUAAAUAGAAGUUAUAUUAUUGAGUUUUUAUGGUAUCUUUCGCAGCAUAUUAUUAGUAUCACACCUAAUACCUACCUCAAAAAAUAUGGUUCCCCUUAAAAUUAUUGUGGUUUAAUGUUAGUUGUUCUUAAUUUAUAAUUCAGUGUCUACUUUUUGUAUAAUGCUUCUCUCAAAAAACAUUUUCAAUCCAAUUGGAUACACUUUUCCAAAUUACAGUAUUACCGUUCUCAUGAAUUAUAUCUGUAAAUCCGUGUAUUUUUAUCAUAAACUGUUCUGUGUCUUGCAUCGUUUUGACAACAUAAUUGGUAUAUAACACUACUUUAAAAAUCGUAUUUUUUAGACAUUUACACAAAAGUAUUUUUUUAAUAAACUUGUUCGCAAAAAA